AUGGCGGCCACUUGCGUGGUUCACCCAAUGGACGUGAUCAAAAAUAGGAUGCAAGUGCAGAAAGGAAAAGCAUCGAUUUUGAAUGUAAUCAGUACCACGUACAGCAAAGAGGGCAUUCUUUCGUUUUACAACGGCUUAUCGGCUGGUCUCGUUAGACAAGCAUCGUACACGACCGUGCGACUCGGGACUUAUAAUCAGAUGCAAGAACAAAGAUUCGUCGGCCGUCCCAAUUUCGCGGUUCUGGCAUUUAUGGCUGGGACUGCUGGUGCCGUGGGGGCUUUCUUUGGAACACCAGCCGACGUCGCUCUCGUGAGAAUGACAACAGAUGGCAGAUUACCAGUGGAGCAGCGAAGAAAUUAUAAAAACGUGCUUGACGCUUUCGUUAGAAUUGUCAGAGAAGAAGGAAUAUUCACUCUUUGGAGAGGAAGUGUAGCUACGAUAGGAAGAGCUAUUGUCGUUAACGUUUCGCAACUGGCCACUUAUAGCCAAAUGAAGCAUUUAAUCGCGUCACGAAUGAAUGUUAAAGAAGGUAUAGGCUUGCAUUUCGGUGCGUCGAUGAUGUCAGGAUUUAUCACUGCCUUCAACUCCAUGCCUUUUGACAUUGCCAAGACCAGAAUCCAAAACAUGAAGACCACUGACAAACCUCCGGGCAUGGUCUCAGUUAUAAUGACAAUUGCGAAAACCGAGGGGAUAAGAUCUCUUUGGAAAGGUUUCUGGCCAACUUACUGCAGGAUCGGGCCGCACACGGUACUAACUCUCGUUAUCAACGAGCAACUGAUGCGUUUAUAUAGAAUAUAUUAAAAGUAAUAAUAAAAAAAUUGUCAAAAUAAAAAAAAACGUGCUUUUAUGUAACAUUCUAAAAUAAUAUUCACGCUGAUUUGA